AGACAGCAAGCUCACCAUGUUGCUUCGGGAGUCCUUGGGGAAUAUGAACUGCCGCACCACAAUGAUAGCUCACAUUUCAGCCGCUGCGGGCAACUAUGCUGAGACGCUGUCCACCAUCCAGAUCGCAUCAAGGGUCCUCAGGAUGAAGAAAAAGAAAACUAAGUACACAUCGAGUUCUUCUGGAGGAGAGAGCUCUUGUGAGGAGGGCAGGAUGCGGAGGCCAACCCAACUGAGACCUUUCCACUCUAGAAACACCGUUGACCCAGACUUCCCUAUUUUGCAUUUAUCAAGUGAUCCUGAUUAUUCGUCCAGCAGUGAGCAGUCGUGUGACACGGUGAUUUACGUUGGCCCCAAUGGCACCGCCCUUUCUGAUAAGGAGCUGACAGAUAACGAGGGCCCCCCUGACUUUGUUCCCAUAGUUCCUGCUCUGCAAAAGACCAAAAAUGAGGGCAGGUUGGAGGAAGUUAGUGACUCGGGGCCGAGCACAUCUGAAAGAGACUGCCUGAAGUGCAACACCUUUGCAGAGCUCCAGGAGAGGCUGGAUUGCAUAGAUGGCAGUGAAGAGACCGACAAAUUUCCCUUUGAAGAGAUGCCUGCUCAAUUUAGCUCAGACCAGAUGUCUAAGUGCUCUGUCUCAAGCCAGCUGGCAGAGCUUAGCCACUUACCAGAGUCAGAUAAGGAAGAUACGAUGCCAGAAUGUCAGCAUCCUGGCAGAGAAGCCAAGGAAAAUAUAAAUGCAACACCCAGCAAAGCUAAGAGAAAUCACUCCCCUGUUCCUUCUGGAGCUCUUACUAAUGUUUCAACUCCUUCUUCUCCCAGGAGUGUGACAGGCAGCUCUAGUAAGGAGCUCAACUCUUGUCCGUUAGCACACAGCACCAGCUUGCAGAGCAGCAGAGAAGGUCUCAACACCUGUGGAUUUGUGGAAGGCAAACCUCGGCCAAUGGGUUCACCCCGGCUUGGCAUUGCGAGCCUCUCGAAGACAUCUGAGUACAAGCCACCAACUUCUCCUUCCCAGAGGUGCAAGGUCUAUACACAGAAAGGAGUCCUGCCCAGCUCCACUCCCCCACCAGCUCCCCUGAGUAAAGAUACUGGGAUGACGUCUAGCGAAUCUUUAUUGCAGCCAGAAAUCCGGACCCCACCUGUAGGCAUGAGCCCUCAGAUCACGAAGAAGUCGGUGUCAUCCAGCAGUGGGGAUUUUGACGAGACUGUUCUUGAUGAAGAUCGGCAAGAAAGCAUUUCUCCCGAAUCCAAGAAGGAGAUUCUGAGCACCACCAUGGUGACUGUGCAGCAACCGUUAGAGCUGAAUGGAGAGGAUGAGCUGGUGUUCACCCUUGUAGAAGAGCUAACCAUUAGUGGCGUCCUUGACAAUGGACGCCCAACCAGUAUCAUCAGUUUUAACAGUGACUGCUCUGUGCAGGCUUUGGCCUCUGGGUCUAGGCCAGUCAGUAUUAUCAGCAGCAUAUCUGAGGAUCUUGAAUGUUACUCCAGCGCAGCUCCUGUGUCUGAAGUGAGCAUCACACAGUUCCUUCCGCUUCCAAAGUUGGGCCUGGAUGACAAAUCCCAGGAUGAUGGCAGCAGGCGCUCAUCCAUCAGCUCAUGGUUGAGUGAAAUGAGCACAGGGAGUGAUGGCGAACAGUCGUGCCACAGCUUCAUAGCCCAGGCAUGCUAUGGGCAUGGGGAAGCAAUGGCAGAACCCCCUGUUUCUGAGUUUGCGAGCACCAUACAAAGUGCCAGCAUGAUCUGUGUAAGUGACAAACAGAAGCCAGUGACCGACAACAUGCUUAUACUGUCGGAAAUGGGGGAGGAAGCGUUCGGCAAAGUGCCACCCAUCAAAGGCUGUAAAAUAUCAGCUCUAGGGAAAACUACUGUCACAAUCAAAAAUACCGCAAGCCUCAGCAGCUGUGAAGGCUACAUCCCAAUGAAGACAAACAUUACCGUGUACCCAUGUAUUGCCGUUAAUCCCUUCAAAGCACAAGACACUGAUGAUGCUGUACCAGCAGUAACUGCAGACCCAAAGGUUGCUCAGCCCCAUGACGGGAAAGAAUCCAGUGCUAAGAAGGAUAUCAAAUUUGAAGACCCUUGGCUGAAGAGAGAAGAAGAUGUAGCGAAGGACAGCUCUGGGAGCAGCGAUGGGCCGAGGCCUGACACGGCCGCAGUCUCAGCCAAGCCUGAGCACAGCACAAAGCAGCCCUCAGCGGACAGGUUUAGCAGCAGCAGUGGGGAUGCCUCUGUCUCCCCAGGAUCUGACAGUCUAAAGAGGAUUGUGGAUGGCUGCGAGGUGGCAGCAUCUGGCUCUGCAACCCAAAGCCCUAUUCAUUCCAGUGACGGCUUGAAGAACGGUAGCCUCCCUCGAGGGCUCCCAAAGGCAAGCAAGCCAGAGGAGCCCGACAGUCACCUCCAUCCUCCUGCCACUGACAGCAGCGGAGUCGGCUCUCCUGCCCUCCCCCAGUUCUCUAAGGCUAGCCUUGACAAGAAAAUGGCCUCUCCCAAACACGGUGUCCUCACUCGUCCCAAAGGGACCCCUCCUCUGCCACCAGUGAGAAAGUCGAGCUUGGAUCAGAAGAACAGAGCCAGCCCCCAGCACAGCGCAACCAGCAGCACCACGAGCAGUCCCUCCAGCCAGCCCGGGUCCUUCCUGGCCAGCUUCCCCGAGGAGCUGAACGCCAAACAGAAGGGCCCUGGCAUCGACAGCGGUGGCAACACCAGCAGCAGCAAGCUCUUCAGUGCCAAGCUGGAGCAGCUCGCCCCGGAAAGCCUGUCCUCCGUGAGCUCCAAAAUGAGCCCUGGCAAAGACACCACCAUGCCUAGGGCCGGAAGGAGCCUCAGCCGCAGCGUCAUGUCCUCACCCACCAACUCGGGCCUCUCCCAGUCGGCAGGGGCCUCCCUGAAGGCCAGCCAGUCGAAGAUCUCCGCCGUCAGCAAGCUCCUGCUGGCAAGUCCCAAGGCCCGCAGCCUGUCUGCCUCUGCCACCAAAACGCUCAGCUUCUCGACCAAGUCCCUGCCUCAGUCCGUAGGGCAGAGCUCCAGUUUGCCUCCGAGCGGGAAGAACAUGUCCUGGUCAACGCAGUCCCUCAGCAGAACCCGGGGCUCCAGCCUGGCUUCCAAAUUGCCCCUUCGGGCCGUCAACGGGCGGAUUUCAGAGCUGCUCCAAGGGAGCGCCGGGGCCCGAGGCUUACAGCUGCGGGGAAGCUCGGAGGCGGACGAGCGCGGGGGCCUUCCCGGCGACGAGAAGCCAGCUGUCCACAUGCUGCCUUCACCUUACAGCAAGAUCACCCCUCCUCGGAAACCUCACCGCUGCAGCAGUGGCCACGGGAGCGACAACAGCAGUGUCCUGAGCGGGGAGCUGCCCCCCGCCAUGGGGAAAACGGCCCUCUUCUACCACAGCGGGGGGAGCAGCGGCUACGAGAGCAUGAUGAGGGACAGCGAGGCGACGGGGAGCGCCUCUUCAGCACAAGACUCCCUGAGCGAGAACAGCAGCUCCGCCAGCGGCAGGUGCCGAAGUCUCAAAAAUCCAAAGAAGCGAUCAAACGCAG